GGAAGUUUCAUCAUCAGUAAUUCAGCAUGUUGCAAGUAUAAUUACAUGUAUCAUAAUCAUAAAUAAAUGAAAACCAAGAAAACAUUUUCAUGCAUUGGUAGCUUUUGCAGAACUGACUGAGCUAAGAAGAGUAUUAAUAUUGUUCUGUAGUGAUUCUUUAACUUUCCCAUAUUUUUGAAUAGGAGUAACAGCCUUUGAUGGAUAGUUCAACAUUGAAUAACCAGAGGAGAGGGAGUAGUUUGACAACUCUUCCGUGGAUGUCCCCGACUCUAUGGUCAGGCGAAAAGCCUUCAAGAGAUCCGGGGGUGACCGAUGAUAAAUCUGUGAAUGUGAAAGUUGUGCUGCGUUGCAGACCGCAAAAUGAGGAUGAAGUGAGGGCAAAAGCUCCCCUAGUGAUAUCAUGUGAUGAACAGCAACAUGAGGUGUCCGCAAUCCUAAAUACAACUACUAAACAUACAAAUCGUACUUUUGUCUUUGACAAGGUAUUUGGUCCCUCAACUCAUCAGAAGGACUUGUACAAUCAAGCCAUUGCACCUCUUGUUGAUGAUGCCCUUGAAGGAUAUACUUGCACAGUCUUCGCCUAUGGCCAAACCGGGACUGGUAAAACAUUUACAAUGGAAGGUGAAGGCGGGAAGGAAGAGAAUGGAGAGCUUAAGAAGAAUGCUGGGGUGAUCCCAAGAGCAGUUGAGCAGAUUUUCAACACUGUGGAGUCCAAAAAGGCUGAGUACAUGAUGAGGGUGACAUUCAUAGAGAUUUACAAUGAAGAAAUAACAGAUCUACUCUCCACCCAAGAAGAAGAUUCAAAGACAGCAGUAAAACUGAUGGAAGACGGAAAGAGUGCUGUUUUCAUCAGAGGCCUUCAAGAGGAGAUAGUGUCAAGUGCAGAUGAAAUAUAUAAAAUUCUAGAGUGUGGCUCGGCAAAGAAGCACACUGCAGAAACCCUUUUAAACAAACAAAGCAACCGAUCACAUUCUAUAUUCUCCAUCACAGUGCAAAUCAAGGAAUGUUCGUCACAUGGGACGGAAGUGAUCAAAUGUGGGAAACUAAACCUUGUUGAUCUUGCAGGAUCUGAGAACAUUUUGAGAUCUGGUGCCAAAGAGGGAAGAGCAAGGGAAGCGGGAGAGAUAAACAAGAGCUUACUUACACUAGGACGAGUCAUCAAUGCUUUGGCUGAUCACUCCGGCCAUGUUCCUUACAGGGAUAGCAAAUUGACAAGACUAUUGAGGGACUCAUUGGGAGGAAAGACAAAAACCUGCAUAAUUGCCACUGUUUCUCCCUCUCUUGAAUGCCUGGAUGAGACUCUCAGUACUUUAGACUAUGCAUUUCGCGCCAAGAACAUCAAAAACAGACCAGAGGUUAACCAAAAGAAUGGAAUAUACAUUCCCCAAGAGCUAUUCCAGCCUGAUGAGGCUGCCCAAAAGGAACUGGCUGAAAAACAGAAGCUCAUGGAACUUGAUAUCGAGCAGAAAAACAAGAGAAUUGCAGAACUUGAAGAUUUAUACAAUAACCAGAAAAAGUUGACAGCAGAUUUAGUUGAAAAAAUUGCACAGGCCAAGAGAGAACUCAAGAACACUGAGGAAUCCUUAUGUGAACUAGAAGCUCAAUACAGUCAAGCAAAAGAAACGGUUCGACAGAAGCAAUACUUAAUAUAUUAUCUCAUCACAUCUGAAAAGGCACUUACUGAUAAAGCAAUCGAGCUUCGAGCAGAGCUAGAGAAUGCAGAAUCAGCGGUUUCCAUAUUAUGUAGGAAAAUAGAUAAUAAUAACCUUAGAGAGGAAAAUAACCAACUUAUUCUCCAGAACUUCAAGAACCAAAUAGCAGAACAACUUGAACUUCUAAAUACGAAUGUAGCAACUACUGCAUCACAACAAGCACAACAACUGAAAGUUGUACAAGAGAACACAAAACUUUUUUUAUCUGCAAAGUCCAAGGCAACGGAAGGUCUACAGAAUCUGCUCAAGGAGCUAAAAGAUAUGUACAUGUCUGAUGUCCAAAAUUUGGCUGGCAUAGCAGAAGAACAAAGUGAAAAUUUUCAUGCCACCUUUGGGAAAUUAAAUUCAGAAGUAUCAAAAUGUUCAUCUUCAACAAUGGAACUUGUUGCGAAGAUUUCCUCAGACAUUGGUUCUGUACUUAAUGGUCUAGAGAACAACUUUAAUGGUCUUGAGUUAAAGAUGAAAGCAUUUCUACAACAGGAACAACAGAACCAAUCACAAACAUACCAAGCCACUAAAAUAAUUUCUGAAGUUCUUGAAAGCUUCUUCAAGGAUUUAAAGACAUUUGUUUCCAAAUUGGCGCACAUGGAGGAAGAAUCAAACAGAAAGAAUAACCAGCAAAUCUGUGCCCUUGGAAGGAAGUUUGAGGAACUGGCUGCAAACGAAGAAAGAGAAAUUUUAGAAAAGGUCGCGUCUCUGCUAGCAACUUCCCAUGCUCGGAAGAAACAGCUUGUUCAAACAGAGCUUGAUGCUCUUCAAAGGUGUGCUAAUAAUAAAACCAGACAUCUAAACAAGGAACUUUCAAACAUCCAUGACUGCAGUUGUUCUACUCAAGAAGAAUGGACAAGCUUCGUUGAGGGAACAAAGGUUCAUCACAAAGAGGAUAGUACUAUAUUAGAAACCUGGAGAGGGGGCUUUGAAGAGAGCCUUAGAGGGUGUAUGAGAAUCUCCAAUGCAGUUGCAGAACAAUGGAGGAAGGCUCAAGAGUCACUUAUUAUACAACACACUACAAAUACCAACUCCAUAGACUCCAUUAUUAAGAGUGGAAUAGGAAAGCAUGAAAAGGUCAAUGCUCAACUUUCUGCUUGUGCUUCUACCAUACUUGAAGAAACUGAUCUUGCUAUGAAGAACGUUCUCUCUACCACGGAAUAUUUGCAAGAAAUGGAUAGUGGAGGGAUCCAAAAGAUCAAAACAUGCAUCGAUCCAUGUAUUGCUGAUAUGAAUGGAAUGGAAAUGACUCAUUCGCACAAAAUAUCUGAGAUUGCACUAAAUACAGAAAAGAUUUUGACAGACGAUUACAAGGUGGAUGAGCAUUUGGAUUCAACUCCAAGAAGAAUAAAAUUCAACCUGCCUAGCAAAGAAUUCAUAGAAAACCUGAGAACUCCCUCUUUUGAAGAGUUACUUCAGUCAUUCCAGGAUGGUACAAAACUGGAACUGGAGACAUAAAAAUCCUAAAUAUUCUAUAUUUAAUAAUAAUAUUUUUAAUGAUCCCAUUUAUAUACUUAACCCAAUUUGGCAUUUGAUAAACACGUGUUCAUUUCUAAAAAUUAGCAUUAUAACAGUUAUUUGUUUAUGCUUUUGAAAGAGUCCCUGUAUUACACAUCGGUA